CAUGGAUCGCAGGAUCUGAAAGUGGGCUGGGUGUCCGCAGUGGCCCCCUGAAGGUCCGCCGACCUCCGUGUAGACUCUGGGCCAGCCGGGAAGGGAGUAUGGCCGGUUUCCAUCUCUCCCCACGGUCCUAUGGGGAGCUCGGAGAACCCUUGCUAGCUGGAAAUCAGGAGUUCAAGGCCCAGCUGGGCAGGCCUGAGCUGUCUCUGAACUCCUGGGCCCAGACUCCCUGCGCCGAGAUCGAGACCGAGGUGCCCUGGGUGCACCCAAAGUGUUCUCCCACUGGGCGGUCCCGCCGGCGAGGGUACAACGCCUCGCCACGAGAAAGCCAUAGCCUGACACACGUGGCCCGGAGACCCUCGGACCGAGCCAGGAAGCACAGAUCCGGCAGCCUCCGUCUGGAAGAAGCCUGCGGGGAGUCACCGACCCAGUCCAGCAGAACCUGGCAGCAACAGCCACAGGAUCAGCCCGGCCCGCACUACCUUGCAGCCUGGGGAGAUUCGUCCCCGAAGUACCCCGGGGAAGCUUUCAGCCACCCGAGGGCUGGGACUUUGCUUGUAGAAAAGGCACACGCUGGAGACCGGUGGGCAGUGCCGGUGUACAGCCGUGUAGGUCUCUGGUCCCCUUCCUCGGUUCUCACGGACAAGUCCUCGGUGCACUCCCUAGAGUUCUGGAAGCCAUCCACCCAGAAUAGGAGUAACCACGACCGGACUCAGUCCUUAAACAAGUACAGCCGGCCCUCUGCCUCGUGCAAAGAGAAGAGUAGCCAACACGCUCAGGUCCUCAAAAGCAAGCUCGAUGAGGCGGUUAUAUCUUCCAGGGACCAGAAGAUCUUGGCCCUGGUGCUGAGCAGGCUCAAGAAGGCCCAGAGGAUGCGAGAGCUGCAGCAACAGGCUGCAGUCGCCUGGGAAGAGCUCAAGCGCUCAGACCAGAAAGUUCACCUGACCCUCGAGAGAGAACGCAAGCUGCUGCUACUGCAGAGCCAGGAACAGUGGCAAGGACAGAGGGAACAGCACAGGCCUCAGAGGGACUACGGCCACGGGCAGCCUCGCCAGGGGUACAAGCAGCAGGGACCACGGCGUGACCGCCAGGAGAAGAGCGUGGUUCAGUCGCAGAACGAAAGUGAGUGGAAGGUGCAAGCUGACAACCCGGAGGAGAACCAAGGCCUGGACCAGAUGGUGCAAGCGCAGGCCCAGCAUCUCAAACAGUGUCAAGCGCAGAGUCUGCGGGAGCAGGAGAGGGUGCUGCAGAGUGUGCGGGACCUGAACAGGUUGCAACUGCAGAAGAGGCUGGAGGUGGCGGGUCACAAGAGGGAGCUGCAUGUGAUGGAGAGCCGGAAGAAGGUCCAGGAGAGCAACCUGAGCACGGUUGUCAACUUCCAGGCCCGCAAGGUUCUCAUGGACUGCCAGGCUAAGGCGGAGGAGCUCCUCAGGAAGCUGUCCCUGGAGCAGAGUUCCCAGAACUCCCAAGACUUCCAAGAGAGUCCAGUGAAGGAGCGGCGCAGAGAGCAGCCAGGGAAGGCCCAGACUGAGGCAGAGCAGUUCCAGAGAGCGAGAUGGCACGCGGAGGAGGCAGAGGAGCUGCUCCAAGUGAGCAAAAGGAUGCUGGCAGAGCUGGCUGAAGAGAAAAAGAUCAGGCAGGCCAGGAGUCAUGCGCACAGGGCCACCAAGGACAGGGCGCAGCGCCUGCAGGAGUUGAACAUUCUGCGAGAGAGGAACCAUCAUAUCUUGAAGCUGAAAGCAGAGAAGGAGGAGAAGUGUCACAUUGAAGGCAUCAAGGAAGCCAUCAAGAAGAAGGAACGGAGGUUAGCGCAGAUGACCUCAGGGAAGGAGUCCAUCUUCCAGGAGUAUCAGAAGGGUCCCGCAUCCUCCAAGACAAACCGCUGCUUUGACCAGGCGGCAGCAGAGUCCCGGCUGCCCCUGCAUCAGCAGGGUGGAGUCUACUGAGAACCCAGGAGGAAGAAGGCACAGCCUGGCAGCCAGACAGAGACAUCAUCAUGCAAUUCCGCUUUAUAAUUCGAUUUUAAUCGAGCAUUGAUUUUUAAAAAAAAGAAAAAAAGUAUAUAAAAUAGCUGCAUUUUCCUCCCAU